AUUAAAGUUGUGCGAUCUAGUUUGAUAGUAUUUUAUCCUAAAAUAUGAGUGAAUUGCAUAUCGAAAAAUGUAAUAAACUACCAUCGGAAGGUAAUAGAUCUCGAAAGAAAGUUAAAACGCCGUCUAAGCGGGAACAUGCAAAACGCAACAGGUAUUCUGCAAAAUUAUUGGCAGCAUUUCAAAAAUGUGGGCAUGUAGAGUGGCGUCACCCGUAUAUGUCGCAUUUUGCAGUUACAGGCGACAUCUCCCCUUCACCGCCGCAUCUAUGUCAAAUAGAAAUGAGAACUUUAACUUUCCUAUACCCGCGCGUUGGUCUCUGAAACCAACGAAACACUCUUUCAAGUAUUAUUAUUUACCUGGAAACGAC